CUACAGGAAGUUGACGCUUACUGGAGCUUGAAGCAACAGUCGUUUCGCUUUACUACAGAUCAGCCUCACAUCAGCUCAUGUGUCAUAUACUGAAGCAGUUUUGAAGAGUUUGUCUUUUCAUAUUUGUGGACUGAAAACAUUGAAGAUGUUUCACAGAUUGUGGUUCUGUUUGUGGCAUCUGGUUGGUGUGUUUAGUGAUGAUAAACUGAAGACAGUGAUUGUGAUGGAGGACGAUUCAUUCACUCUAAACUCUGAUCUUACUGAAAUGAGGGAUGAUGAUCAAAUUCAUUGGAGAUUUGGGAAAUAUUUACUAGCUGAAAUCAAUAAACGGACUGACAGCAUGACUGUAUAUGAUGAUGUUCUUGAUGGGAGAUUCAGAAACAGACUGAAGCUGAACAAUCAAACUGGAUCUCUGACCAUCACAAACAUUAAAAUGAAACAUGGUGGAUUUUAUACGGUAGAGAACCUCAACACCAGUGUGAUUUUUAUGCUCAUUGUCUAUGAUGAAGUGACGUCAGUGUCAGUGAAGGAAGGGGAUUCAGUCACUCUAAACUCUGAUCUUACUGAAAUAAUGGAUGAUGAUCAGAUUUUGUGGUUGUUUGGGAGUGAAAACACUAUAAUAGCUGAAAUCAAUCUAAUUAAUGACAGCAUCUGUGAUGAUGUUCUUGACGGGAGAUUCAGAGACAGACUGAAGCUGGACAAUCAAACUGGAUCUCUGACCAUCACAAACAUCACAACUCAACAUACUGGAGCUUAUAUACUGAUAAAUGGAGCAAAACCAUCAUUAAAAGCUUUCAGAGUUUCUGUCUAUUACUCUGUCCACUGUUGUGGUUCUACUGAAGCUGUGAUCCGAUUGGUCCUCUCUGCUCUGGUGGGCGUGGCUACUGUCAUUCUUCUGGUUUAUGACAUCAGAUCCAGAAGAGCUGAACAAGAUCAAGCACAAAUUCACACAUCAGGAAGUAUUGAAAUCUAAAACUUGCUGAAGUGAAAGCUGAACUUUAAAGGCUCUUUGUGUGUAGCUUUGUUCUUUGUCAUAAUAAAUACUGUGGAGUUUUUUUUUUUUUUUUUUUUUUUUUUUUUCGGUGUCAGAUUUUUAAAAAUCAAAUUUAUAAUGCUUAAUUGUUUAUAUUUCUUUCAGCUUAAUAAAACAAAUGAAUGAAGAGACACACAGAUCUCACUUUACUAUGCUUUCCAUAUGCUAUGUGUAUGUGCUUUUAACAAUAUACAGGGAUGCACGUAAGUGGUGCACAGGUGCAAAUGCAUGACCAAAAAAAAAAAAAAAAAAAAAAAAGUACU